AUGCGGCUGGGAGGGACCGAGCACAGGGCUUCACUUCCUCCACCGGCUAAGAGUGGACCCGACAACUCAGAUUUCCAAACCUGGGACCUGCUGUCCGGCGCCAUCGCCGACUACAAGUUUAUGAGCUUCAAGCAUCGCGGCUGUUUCAGCGACGUCGCUCAGUGCAGAGUGAUGGAUAUCAAUGACACCAUGGCUAUCAAGAUCUUGAAGAAGAAGACCAGGGACUCCCAGCAGCCCAGCAGAGAGCUGGCCAUUCUGAGAAAGCUCCGACGUGUUGAUCCCGUCCACGUCGUUCGCUUCUACGAGAGCCUUCAACACAAAGGGCACACUUGUCUAGUUUUUGAAAUGCUGGACAAGAAUCUUCUUGAGCUGUUGAAGGAGAGACAUGGAGAACCUCUCUCACUUCCUGUCAUCAGACCCAUCACACAGCAGCUGCUCUCUGCACUGGACUAUCUGAAGACUGCCGACAUCGUUCACACCAACAUCCAACCGCAAAAUGUGAUGUUGGUGAAGCAGGAAGACCAGCAGCCCGUCGGAGUCAAGCUCAUUGGCUUUGGCUCAGCCGUCCAAACUGCUGAAGUCAAGUCCAGCUCUGUCGUGCAGCCUGCUGGAUACAGGUCUCCUGAUGCCAUUCUGGGCCUUCCCGUCUCCCCGGCAGUAGACAUGUGGUCUGUGGGUGCUGUUCUGACCACCAUGUACCUCGGCAGCCCGCUGUUCCCUCAGAGGUGUCAGUAUCACCUGAUGAAAACUCUGGUGGAGACUCUGGGUCAGCCGGAGGAUGAGCUGCUGAGUGGCGGCACCAACACUCUGCUCUACUUCAACACCACAGAACACACAUGGACGCUGAAGACACCUGACGAGUACAAAGUCACGACUGGCUUCAUGCCUCAAAUUCUGAGAGGCAGCUCAAGCAGGUUCAACAGUCUGUCUGAGCUGGUGGAGCUGUAUCCAGAUGUGGACACUCGUGACAAGAUGGCGUUUGUCAGCCUCCUGAGGAAGAUGCUGCAUCUGAACCCUCAGAAACGAAUCUCACCAACUGAUGCUCUCAAGCACUGGUUUCUGAGCGGCAGCAAAGAGGACCAGAGUGACAGCAGCUCUCAUGACACGGUCUCCGUUUCCUCUGUGAGCGUCCCUCCAGUGGCAACACCAGCAGAGGAAGGCCACACCUCAGCAAGCCUCAACGAACACUCAGCUGCCAGCUGCUCAGGUGUUGAAAGUGUAGCUGCUGUUUGCUGUAAAGAUGAAGCCUCAGAUGAAGCUGCUGCCACCACUGACUGUGUGGAUCCAACCUCAGUUGUCACUGACCUGAAUGACGCUGUUCCAGCUGAUCAAGGUCCAGCUGAAGUGUCCACUACUGCUGAGCUUUCUGCUCAAGUGACGGCUGACACUCAUGAGACCAGAAAGGCUCCAAGGAGGCUUCUGAAAAGAGUCCGACGGUUCUUUGGCAGAGUGUUCAGAACUCUGUGCUGUUGUUGCUCCGCACCAGCUACAGAAUAA